GCCUCAAAUUUAAUAUCUUAUUUCACACAUGACUUAGUUCCUACAUUGAAAUAUCUGUUCACUUUGCGAACUAAACCAGAUUGUUUAGCCCUAGGUAAACAAUUUGAGCAGAAUUAGCAGACCUGUGGCUAAAGGUAUUUCCAGCUUUGACCACACGGUUUUUGUUCUUCUCAUACAGGAACCAUAUUAUCUACACUUUUAAAGACAAGUAGAGUGUGUUAUGAGGAUAUGGUUUCACUGCUAUUUCUAGCAGGACUAGCGACUACUUUGAAGCACCCUGGUUACCAGAGCCAAGUAUGUAAAUGAAAUAGUAUACGACACAACAAUGCUGAAAGUUGGCCGAGCAUGCCGCCCAUUGGUAGAUGUUACACUUAAAACUAUUUAUUGACUUACUUGACCUCGACCAACAAUACUGCCUCAAGCAGGUUUAUUAUUAUUAUUUUUUUUAUCAAUUCAUGUAGUUUUAAGUCCCCGUUUUUGCUCUUUUUUCCUCCUAUUCGUCUUCACUUAACAUUUACUAUUUCGUCAUUCAGACGUGUGUACCUCAUUAGUAGUUGUACCAUUUCCGCUUUCUUCCUCGUGUCAUAAUCUCUCGCACUCACACAGGUACACACACCAUAUGGAGAUAUUUAAAAAGAAUCUUACUUAGCAAGGCUUCGUAACAAUAUUACACCUACUGCUUUGCUCUCGGAAAAUGCGUCAAGACACGCACCUCGUCUCUAAUGAGAGAUCUCUCGACAUUUGAUUGUCUAAUACAUAAGGAAUCACCAACAUCUUUUGUAUGAACAUAGCCAUCGCUUAUUUGUCAGCAUGAAGAACUUUAAUGGGUAACACGUUUUACCUAUAUGGGUGACCUCAUCAGGAGCUGCUGCUGACUAUCAACUGAGAUAAAAGCGAAGGAGUGUAACAAGAAAACGAAGGCCUGUCGCCGACCAACUCCUACCCCAGGCUCCUCAUCCAAUUAUCAGCAGCUCCAACGAAAAGCAGCAGCAUGCCAAACUAUCGUUUUUCUCAUCCUUAUCACACUUACUGCUGUUAUUUACCAACUUCUCUAGUUUAUGGCUUUCUACACGGUCGGUAUUUGGUACCGUUGCCAACAUCGUAUCACGAUUGCUUAUUUCUUUUACACCGGGACAACAUACCAGCAGCAACAUAAUCCUCAUCUCACUGCUACACAAAGCUAAGUUGGAGGUUGAGCGGUGUCUCCCCUCCACCUCGCUCGAAAACACCCGAUCGGUAUGGGUGAAGAUAGUGGAUACUUUAGCCGCCGCUCCUGCCAGUUUCGACUUCCUACACGAAAGCAACACCAACAACAAACAGAUACGGGUAACUGCAAGAAAAAAAGUUCUAAUGGAUACGACUGUAAUGCUACGACUACUACUACUAGUUCGGUUGCCAACUGCAUAAAUAAAAGCGAAGCUAUAACAACCAGUGGCUGUUGUGAUGCUGUUACUGCUGCUAACAAUUAUAACAAUACUUCUAUUACUGUUGCUAAUUGUACCAAUAACAACUGUCGUGCCGAUCUUAAUAGCAACAAUUCCGGAGAUCACUGCUACUCUUGUGAUCGCCUACAAUUUGAUCUGCGAUGCAGACCAGUGGAACAAAAUGAAGUUUCCCCUCUCUCCCCAGGACAGGUGCUUGAUGAAGGAACUGAAGACAGGACAAAUUGUAACCCUUCAAAUAGUUUAAACAGUUCAAUUAAUAGCUGUUCACAAUUAGUUGAUGGCGUGAGAGAUGCUAACAACGACACUACGUGUACAUCCAAUUUACCGAGUAGCUUCUACAGUCGACCGGUACAUCAAGUUGGUAGUUCUGCUAUCGACACAGAUACUACUUAUAAUACUGGAAGUAGUAGUUCUAGUGGUGGUUAUUACGCUCAGACGAACAACAGUUGUGGCCGAACGACGUUUUCUCCAAACAGUAUACUCCAUUUGAAAUACACGGAUCUCAAGGAUUUGAACUCUUAUAGAAAUUUAUGUAACGUGUUUACGGACGAACAGGAUUUUGAAGAAUUUAAACAAGAAUUACAAGACUUCCAGUGUCUGAAAGAAAGUCUUCAGAAAAGUGGAUGUAAUCACGACUACCAAGCAUCUCCACUGCGCGAAACACCAGAAAAUAUUGAAGAACAAUUGGUCCAAAAUAACAGAAUCGGAAUCAGCCCGAGUAAUAGCCCAAUUUUAACCAGUAUUAACCAGCAGGAUCAACAAAGCAAUAAACUUAACAAUAAUAGUAUCUGUGAUGAUCAAAAUGCGAAUUGUUUAACAUUGCAACAGGAAAGUUUCUCUACACGUAACUCUGGAGGAAUUCUUGGUUCUGAUAUUUUACCUGUUCCUCUUGCUACUGCACCAGCAGCUUCUCUUUCGAGUUUACAUCCUUCUUCAGAAACUUCGUCAUCAUGCCAACCUCGUUUUGUUAACACCUGUAUUUCUUCCUCACCGACGCCAAGCAGUUGUAAUAAAGCCAGAAUCGCAAGUUCCAUAAGCAGACGAAGUUCUUCAAACUCCUCGCCCCCUCUGAAGUAUUUAUCGUCGUCUUUCAGAAACGCAUUAGCCCCACAUGACAUGUUAAUGGACUUUUUCAAAAGUGAUGAGAAUUUCCAGGAGUUCGAACGGGAGUUUGCUAACCUGGAUAAUGAUUUCAAUGUGUUCGGUCAACUUGGUCGAAUAGAGGACAGUGAAGAUGGAGACGAAGUAUUUGCAACUAGAGAUAGAAAACGUGAUGUCGAGAGUGAAGGGCGAAGUUCGAUUCCUAUGGAAAUUAAUGUUCAACAGGAUAGUAAUGCUUGUAGUUCGAAUGGACACAAACCACUGACUGAACUAAGGGUUAGACACAGUCCAGCUGGGGCUAAACAAGAUGUUGCAGUAGCGAAAGGUACUGGGAAAAAUGAUUCUUUUUCAGAUUUCUUUGACAAUGACGAAGAUUUCAAGGAAUUUGAGAAAGAAUUUGCUAACUUCAAACUGCGGAGAAGAUCACGAGCUUUUGCCGAUGAUUUUAACAGACGUUCAAAUUGCGACCUGUUUGCUGAUUUUUUCCCCAAGUUUGAAAAUCAGGAAAAAAUCGAACGGCGAAAUCGUGGAUCUGCAAAUGAUUGGGAUUAUUUAUUUAACAAAAUCAAAAGAAACAGUGGAUUUUUGACGGAUGUUAAUGAACUGCAAGGUACACCUUGUGAAAUAUCUCAGAACCCCACGUUUUUGGCCAUACAACCUCCCAAAAGAACUACUGAAGAUAUUUCAACACCACUUUGCAGAACAAACGAAAAUCCAGCGAGAAAACCCAUCGAAAUCGCCGUCCAACGACGACCUCCUCUCCCACCUCUCGUAACAAAACAUCCACACUUUCCAUGUGGGCGACACAACAGCCCAAGUUCACAGAAAAAGCCUUUGGAAUUAAAGAUUGAACAUGUAUCCUCUCCAGUAUCGCUUAAUUUCCGAAAUGACAGCCCCGUUCCGAUGCGAAAACCCACAUUAAUAGAUGAGGCAGAUAGGGAAGAGUCCCAUGUAGGUGCAUCUCCGACAGUAUUACAUAUCGAUGAAACUCCCGUAUCUAAUAACCCAGACUCCACUACUGGUACAACUGAUGCUUCUAAUAGUGCAGAAGAACUUUCUCACAUUAUUAUUGAACAUCAUUUCACUGGUGGUGUUUCCAAACCAACUCUUACCAUUACUAGGAGGACGAAUAAAUCGCUGGAUGAAGACAGCGAAAGCCAACCUCCCGUUUCUAAGCACUCACAGCAAUUGCCCGAGCUGAGGGAUAGACGUUGCCACACGGACCCCACUAGGAUUAUUAUAGAGCACAGGUUUUCUCCCCGUGAGCUUGAACCCGGUUCUAGUAAACAGAAUAGGUUUUCUACUGCAUUGGAAUUUUUACAAGAUGUGGAUUCUGACAAAGUUAAGGAUAAGGAGAAACCACACAAAGAUUGCCAAUACACAUGUCAUAAAACUUGUCGACAGCUAGUGACAUUAGACUGCGCUAAUAACUUACCUAAUUCCAUGUCAGAUGGUUCCAUAGAAACCUCUUUAUCAGAACCAGCUUCUACACCUGGUAGCAACAGUACAGUUUCUGAUACAUUAUCCAAUAGUUGUACCAGGGAGCUCUCUCAAGUUUACAGAGAAGAUAGUCCUCUGAGAAUUGAUAUUCAUGAACCCGUUUUAUCACCAUUCCUGUGGGUCACCAAAUCUUUGAGGGAUCAAGAACAACUGCCUCAUAAAGUAAAAGACAUGGUGGCCUGUUGGGAUUGGGAAAAGUUACAGUUGUUGUUUAGAGAUAUACAUUCCAAAAUUCCUCCAAUAAGAUUUCAGGAUGAAACCGAUUCUGGUUACAGAUCAGGUCCAAUUCCGGAUGAGAUUUUACCAAAGAAAGAACCAAGUGAAGCAACACUCAACCGGGAGGAGCUUCAAAGUAAAUUACAAGAAUACAAUAACAACGUUCCCAAUGCGAAUCUCGCUCUAGACUCAAACACUAAAUGCUCAAAGAAACCAAGUGAUAUGGAUUCUGGCUGUUCUUUGGAAUCCAAUGAUUUUGGUUUGGAGCAUUCUAGUGAGUCUACCGAGUCACAACCAACAACACACAUAGCCUCCAGUGAAGAGAAUUCUUGUCCUGACGUGGCACUCGUUGAGUCUGACUCAGACUUUUAUGAGGACGAGUCAAUCAACUUAGCUUCUAAUGAGUCAGAUGGAGAAACAUUCCAGGGUUUCAUCAAAGUAACUUUGAAUUUGAUUCGACCAAUCACAAUGUCUCUUGGUGCACGACCACCUUCCAUUUACGAAGUACUCACUCGAGAGCACAUUGUGGAGCAAAAUACCCAAUCUAUUUCAUUCUACAUGCCUCGAGAUACUGUUAAAUCUAUCCAUGUAGACAGUGAGACAACAACCAAAGAAGUGAUUGCAGCUUUGUUGAAGAAAUUCAAGAUUCUUGAUAAUCCGCGGAAGUUUGCUAUGUAUGAACAGGAAUUCAAAAACAAAAAACUUGUAAAACUGCGGCGAGUUAUGCCAGAAGAAUUUCCUCUUCAGGUUUGUCUAGGCUGGGAAACAAAUAAACUGGAAUGUUAUCGCUUAGUUCUUCAAGAGAAUGAAGCUUCAGGGGAUAUUGAAUGGUCAAAUUUCAGUCAUCCAGAACUAAAUAAUUUUGUGAAAGUAUUGGACCGGGAAGAAUCUGAACAUAUUCAGCAACUCCAGUAUAAAUAUCAUAUGAUGAAGAAAGCAGUCGAGCGACGAAUGAAAGAGCUUCGUGCUGCUGAACAAGAAGCCAAACGCAGUAAAUAGGUCCACACCUGCGUAUAAGACUUAAAAGUAGUUAAUAAGUUUCACUAUUAUCCAUAAGAUGGUUUGUACAGCAUCCUAGCGUUGCUGUUUUCUCAUUGGUUGUGUGUGCUUUGGGCCUAACUACAGGCCAUACAGACAUUUUAGUCAUGGUGUCUUAUCUCAAUCAGUGAGAGAUUCUGCAGCUGCAGAAAAAAAAUUGUGGCAUGAUGAUGACGAAAAUGAUAAAAGAAAUUUUUUUUUUUUUUUAUCAACUUAUACAUUUACAAAUGAUAAUUUUGAUUUAUUUUUAAUACACCUAACUUAAAGAUAACAUUUGAAUGUAAUGUAUAAGUGGUGCUUCAUUUUAUUACUUAAUUGAAAUAUAAAUUUUGUUCUAUUUAUUUAUUCAUUUUUAUUAAUUUAUUUUUGUUUAGUGUUAAGAAAUAGCUGAAAAAUACAUUUUGUCUUAAAUGGGAAGAAAAGUUACAUAGCAUCUAAAAGAAUAUUAUCAUGUUGUCAUGUAAGUGGGGAAAAUAUUUGUGCUACAUAAAAUAUGCUGAUCUGAAAAUUACAAAUUUUUAAAAAAAUCUCUUUAAAAUAGAAAGGACAAUAGAAGUUAGUUUAAUUGAGAGGCCUCAAUUUCUAUUCCUUCUAUAGAAUAAUUUUUUUGUUAAAUAUUUGUUCUUAUUUCUGUCUAUUUAUUGAUCUACCUGAACUAUUUAAAUAUUUAUGCCCCAUAUGUUUUUACUAGCAUGAAAAAGUGAGCAUUAAAUAAUUACGAUGAUGAA